GCACAAGACAAUGUAGCUAUGUGCACGCACAUGCACGAUUCGUGUUACUGGCGUCUCCCCACGCAUCGUUGAGCCCACACCGCCCUCUGCGCCAAUCACAGCUCGCGCUCCACCGCCGCACAUGCGUGUCGCUCACACGCACGGAAAUAACGCGUACAUUGACAGCACGCUCAGACGCGCUGUCAUGAUACGGCGCUCCUCAGACUCCGCACGACUCUCCUCCACCUCCUCAACUCCCUCCGCCGCCGUGUCUACCGAGCACCCCCUGCGCCAAAGGUGAACAUGUUCGCCCGGGUACAGAGCGAAGCGCUACCAGCCUGAGCUAACCCGAGCUGCGGAGAUACAGAGAGAGAGAGAGAAAGAUAGAGAGAGAGAGGCAGGGGCAGACAGACAGAGAUAGAGACAGAGAGAGAGAGAGAGAGAGAGAGAGAGAGAGAGAGAGAGGAACACCGUCUCCCCUCCCGCACGUCUCCUCUCUGCAAAAACCGCAGCGCAAGGCGUUUCAUUUCGCAUCUCCUCCUGCACCUUAGUCUUUAGAGGAGAGACUGGAGGAAAAUAAGGGAAUCCUACCUCCUCCAUUGGCAUACUUCCGUUUCCCCAUUUGUGGACUUAUUGGAUUUUUUUUUUCUUUCCUGGCUGUCGUUGGACGCGCGUGCGCGUCACCGCUGAAUUCCGUUGAAUGGUGGAUUUGGCAAACAUGGAGACCGUGGAAAAGGAAUGCGGGGCCCUGGGGGGUCUGUUCCAGGCCAUAGUCAACGACAUGAAGUGCUCCUAUCCUGUGUGGGAGGACUUCAGUGCCAAGGCUACAAAGCUGCAUUCUCAACUUCGAACCACAGUUCUGGCCGCUGUUGCAUUUCUAGAUGCUUUUCAGAGGGUGGCAGACAUGGCUACAAACACCAGAGGUGCGACACGAGACAUUGGUUCAGCACUGACCAGGAUGUGCAUGAGACACCGCAGCAUCGAGGCAAAACUGCGACAGUUUACCAAUGCUCUGAUGGAGAGUCUGGUCACUCCACUCCAGGAUAAGAUUGAAGACUGGAAGAAAACUGCAAACCAGCUGGAUAAGGAUCACGCUAAAGAGUACAAAAGGUCAAGACACGAGAUCAAGAAAAAGUCAUCUGACACCAUCAAGCUGCAAAAGAAGGCACGCAAAGAGAUCCAAGGCCGCGGAGACCUUCAGCCUCAGCUGGACAGUGCCAUGCAGGAUGUCAGUGACAUGUGUCUGCUGAUGGAGGAGAUGGAGAAACAGGCAGUGAGGAGAGCCCUGGUGGAGGAGAGAGGACGAUUCUGCACCUUCAUCAGCUUCCUGCAGCCUGUGGUGAAUGGAGAAAUUUCCAUGUUAGGGGAAAUCACUCAUCUACAGGCCAUCAUCGAUGACCUGACUGUUCUGACAACUGACCCACAUAAACUGCCUGCCGCCAGUGAACAGGUGAUCAAAGAUCUGAAAGGUUCAGAUUACACCUGGUCCUAUCAGACUCCUCCUUCAUCUCCCAGCAGCUCCGGAUCACGCAAGAGCAGCAUGUGCAGCAGCGCCAACAGUAGUUGCUCUCGCUCGUCAGGAGGUGGCGGUGGAGGCGGUGGGAGUCUUGGUGGUGGAGGAGGUUCGCAGCCACACUCACCGACCUCCUCUUCCUCCUAUCGGUACCGCACCAGCCUGCCUCACCAGCCUCAGGGUGGAAUCGCAGCUCACCGCCUCAGCAGUGUCUCCUCUCACGACUCGGGCUUUGUGUCCCAAGAUGCAAACAUCUACUCCAAGCCGCCGUCACCAAUGCCCUCAGACAUCACCAGCCAGAAAUCUUCAAGCUCAGCAUCAUCGGAGGCAUCAGAAACCUGUCAGUCGGUCAGUGAAUGCAGCUCCCCCACCAUGGACUGGUCCAAAGUGGGUCAGUAUGAGCAGCCCACUGCAGCAGCUGCUGUAGUCCAGAGGAGGAAAGAACCUGUGGACAGAGUCAGAGAGAGUGAAUUGUCCCCAACUUCCCAUGCAUUUGCAGGACCUUCACACUCUGAUGAGGGACAAAGGCCUAGAAUGACACCGUCCACCAUCGCUGCUAAGCACACAGAGGAGGCGUCUCCUGCAGCCAGUGACCUGGCUAUGGUCCUGACCCGAGGUCUGAGCAUGGAGCAGCAGAAAAGCAGCAGAGACUCUCUGCAGUACUCCAGUGGAUACAGCACUGAGACCACAACCCCAUCCUGCUCAGAGGACACCAUCCCUUCACAGGGUUCAGAUUAUGACUGCUACUCAGUGAAUGGUGACAACGAAGCUCCAGACAGUCAAGCUCAAGAGUUCGACAAGUCUUCCACCAUUCCUCGACACUCCAACAUUGCCCAGAACUACCGACGCAUGAUCCAGACCAAGAGACCUGCCAGUACCGCCGGUCUUCCAAGUGCUGUUCAUGGUCCUGGAGCUCACGGGAUACCAGGACAACCCAGUGGAGGUGGUGCGGGGAUUCCAGGCACUGCCACCAUCCGCCGUACCCCAUCCACAAAACCAGGUGUGAGGCGCACAUUGUCAAGUGUGGGCCCUAUACCGAUACGACCGCCCAUCGUGCCUGUGAAGACUCCUAAGGUUCCUGGAGACUCGCAUUCACCUGGGGCCACGGGUUGUGCUAGUGCCAGCAGUGGACAAGUGGGUGGAGUUCCUGUACGUGUUGGCAGUGAAGAGUGUGUGUUCUUCACUGGAGUGGAGGACACUCAGGGUGCUUUAGAUUACGUGAAGGCAUCACCGAAACGCCUUAGUCUCCCUAACACUGCCUGGGGAUCUGGGGCAGCAUUGGAAGUCUAUGCUCAGCAGCAGGCUGGCCAUUCAGCUGGUCCUGGGGCAGGAUCUGAGGAGGAUCAGCUAAUCGCUGCAAAUCGGCACAGCCUAGUGGAGAAGAUCGGUGAGUUGGUAGCUAGCGCUCAUGCUCUCGGCGAAGGUCAGUUCCCUUUCCCUGCUCUUCCCGAUGACCCUGCUUCGCCGCCGAACGUCGGAUCAGCCGACACUCAAACAGGAACGGACGAAAAAGAAGGUUCGGGCGACAUGUUGACUACCAUCAGACGAGGAGUGCGCCUUCGCAAGACUGUGUCCAAUGACCGCUCAGCUCCACGGAUCUUGUGAUUGGAACAGAAAGCCAGUAAGAAAUAGAAAUAAAGUGUUGGUUUAAAACUCGAAUCUGAACACAGACUCAAACUUUAAAAUGUAGAGAAAUUUAAAAAAUCCACCUAAAAAUGACGUUAGCGUUAAAUAUGAACUAUUAAACUGAGUUCAACAUUAAUAAUGUUAAUCUAUGAUAAACAUUAUAUGUUAUGGGUCCAAUAUGCAACACCAGAGAUUGGAAAUUCGACCAAUGUAAAUGUAAGUAAGCUUCCCUGCCCAAAUACCAUUUAAUUUUAUCAGGCAAAAAAAAAAUUUUGUUUUGUUUAAAAUCUUUGGGAGAAAGCAAAGAAACGCCAGUCUUCUGCUGUAAAUCCGUGCAACCCACCAUGGCAGACAAUUGCAUAUUGGACCUUUAAAUACUAAAUACUGAAAGGCUACUACUAGGCCACUGUUAUUCGUGUUUGUUGGAUGCAUGUAUGUCUUCUCUACAUCUUCACUCGUGGACAGAUAAUCAAAGAAAAAAGACACGUUGAUUUUUAAAGGCAAUGGUACCGAUUCUCAGAACAACAAAAAAAACUGGGUUGUACAGACUUGUGACUUCUCAUCACACACUAAGGCCCAACUCACACGCUCACUAAAAUUGUCGGCCCAGCUAAGCCAAGUGUAUACAGCAUUUUAUAAAUGUCUCCAGCUAGAAUUGGUCCAUCUUAUUCCAGAUUAAAGACUAAUGAUGAAGGUGAGAGGGAGAAGAGGAGGUGAAUGCAGAGCCAUGGUCUCAUGUGACUGGCAAGAAGGACACACUGUGUUAACUAUUAAUGCUAUCACUAAUAUUUAUGUUGUCGUUACAUUGAAUUAGCUGUAUAAUGUGACGCCUAGCUAUUAGCACGGGGAGCUAACGGAUCAGAUUUUUAAUCUAGUUUAUGCUUAUGUACAAAACGUAAGAAAAACGUACCGUGGGCAUUGAACCGUGCUAGCUCUCCCUUCAUGUCUCUGUGCGUUUAGGUGGGUAAAGCUCUGCUGCAGGACAGCUGGUUACCCAAUGAGGGCAGGGCUUUUUUUUUUCUCUUGUGUGCGUGUUCCCCCUGUGUGUUGAUAUUCUUUGUAAAUAUAAAUAUAAAAAUAUAAAUAUUGUGACAUCAUUUACUGACUUUGUCGCUGCCGUCGGACAUGUCAUAGGGCAAAAAAAAAAAAAAAAAAGAAGAAGAAGAAACUCCAGGCAAAUAGAUUUAA